AUGUAUCAUCUCCUGGUUUUGUCUAUCAUAGCUACCGUGCUAUGUGGAUAUACCGCAUCCAAGAGUGUGAUUGUGCCAGGCGCGUUAUGGUAUGAUAGUGACGGCAAUGAAAUUCAAGCCCACGGCGCGGGAAUUUUCAGGGUUGGUGAUACGUUCUAUUGGGUCGGCGAGGACAAGGCGGAUAAUAACUACCUCUUCUCCGCGGUGGCCUGCUACAGUUCGACGGAUCUGGUAAACUGGGAACGCCAUAACGAUGCAUUAACCCCCAUCUCCGGCACCAAUAUAUCCUCUUCGAACGUGGUCGAGCGGCCCAAAGUCAUAUACAACGAAAAGAAUACCGAAUAUGUUAUGUGGUUUCAUUCGGACAAUUCAGACUAUGGCGCGGCCAUGGUCGGCGUGGCCACCGCAGACACACCAUGCGGUCCUUACAGUUACAGGGGCAGUUUCAAUCCGCUUGGGGCCCAAUCAAGAGAUGAGAGCCUAUAUCAGGACGAUGAUGCGGAUCAGACAGCGUAUUUGCUCUAUGCUAGUGACGACAAUCAAGACUUCAAGAUUGCGAAACUUGAUUCAGAUUAUUACAAUGUGACGGAGGUCGUGGCGGAGAUGGUCGAUGCGACCUUGGAAGCCCCUGGGAUGCUCAAAAGAGAUAGUGUUUAUUGGCUUUUUGCAUCUCACACGAGUGGGUGGGCCCCGAAUCCGAACAAGUACUUUUACGCCACUAACAUCUCUGGGACCUGGUCAAGCCAAGCCGAUAUCGCUCCGGAAGACACGAACACGUAUUGCUCGCAAAAUGCCUUUGAAGUUGCGUUGGGAUCAAACGCCAUCUACAUGGGAGAUCGCUGGGACGAGGAUGAGCUGGGCAACAGUCGAUACAUGUGGUACCCGCUUAGCUGGGCCUCUGGUGAUCCUCAAAUUGUCUAUGCGGAUUUAUGGAUGGUCGAUUACGAUGAAGGCGUCUAUUAUGUGCUGAAUGGAACGGUGUACGCAGCAGCUGAUGGCACGCUCGGCGGAAGCGCAGUAUUGCUUGGCUCUGACUCCACGUACAACGGUCACGAAGGAGUAGGCUAUCUCGGCAACGGUGGUACUCUCAGUAUCAACGUCACAGGCAUCGGGGCCAGCCAAUGGGUCGCGUUGUACUAUGCGAACGGAGACUCGUCAUGGAGAAACACCACAGUGAGUGUCAACGGUGGCUCAAGCGUAGUGGUCGAUCAGCCUGAAACCGGCGGGGGCAACGUCAUCUUCAGUAUACCUGUCGAGCUGUACCUCGAGGAAGGGACAAAUACCAUUCUCAUCGGCGCCGGUCAAUCCAAUUAUGCAGGGGAUAUGUACGAGAUUGUAGUGUACACGCAGACGUAA